AUGGCUCGCGUGGCCCAGGCAGUGACUGUGAGUCUGCAGGAGCUGGUCGAUGGCACCGUCUCCUUCGACACGCUGACCGAAGCCUUCGGCCCGUCAUCUUUGGGCAUCAUCGUCGUCAAAGACCUGCCCGAGGAAUUUGUCCAGUUGCGCGCGCAGGUCCUUUCCAAUGCCUCGUACCUGGCUGCACUACCCGACAAUGAGCUAGACUCCCUCACAAGCCCCGAAUCCAAAUAUCUCGUGGGCUGGUCCUGCGGCAAAGAAACCCUGAAAUCAGGCCAGUUUGACACCCUCAAGGGCUCAUACUAUGUCAACUGCGCCUUCUAUCAGGACCAGGCGCUGCAGAGUGCCCCGGCCGACGGCUUCCCGGAUCUGCCGCAGUACACGGCGCCCAAUAUCUGGCCGUCAGAUGCGAGGCUGCCCUCGUUCCGGGAUAGUGUCGAGAGUCUGUGCCGCUUGGUGAUUGACACGGCUGCGUUGGUGGCUCGCGCCUGUGACCGCUACGCCGAGGCUAAUAUCGAGGGCUAUGCGGCUGGCUAUUUGCACCAUGUCGUGACGACUAGCUUGACUACCAAGGCGCGGCUGCUGCAUUAUUUCCCGUCUCCUGGUUCUGUUGCAUCUUCCACAGAAAAAGAAGGAGAAUCUGUCGAUGACGAUGACUGGUGCGCUACUCAUUUUGACCAUGGCUGUCUGACGGGCCUUACCUCGGCUAUGUUCCUCGACGAAGCAGCCUCCCCGCCGAGCCUUGCUUCUAUUUCUACUUCUGCCUCUGCCUCUGCCUCUGCUGAUAGUCCUGAUACUCUCCCCGUCCUCCCCGAACUCAGCCAAUCCCCCGACCCAUCCGCCGGCCUCUACAUCCGCUCGCGCACCGACGAGAUCGUCAAGGUCAACAUCCCCAAAGACUGCCUCGCCUUCCAGACCGGCGAGGCCCUGCAGCUCAUCACGCGCGGCCGGUUCCGCGCCGUGCCGCAUUUUGUCAAGGGCGCGCGCUGCUGCACGGGCACGGCGGUCGAGCAGCGCAUUGCCCGGAAUACGCUUGCCGUGUUUACGCAGCCGAAUCUUGGCGAGGAGGUUGAGCCGGGGCUCACGUUUGCGGAGUUUGCGCGGGGGGUUGUGCAGCGGAAUUAUUAG